AUGAGGCAGCAAAAUCGGGUGAUGUUGAUUUUCUUGAGAAGAAUUAGAGACGGUGAGUUAUCAAUUGAUCUCGAGUGUCAGAAAACACCUAAAAACAACAAUAUUCUUCAUGUUGCGGUUGAAUUCAAGCAAGUAGAAUUCUUCACAAACACCUCACUUGGAUCCCCAAUGUUUUGGGCCACCAACAUCAAGGGUGACACUCCCUUGCACACUGCUGCCAAAGUAGGUUGUCUUCUAGUAGUUGAGUUCCUCAUCAAUCAUGCCAAAAUGCUACACAUUGAAGGAGUUGAUGAAGAAAACGGACCAGCUGAUGGUGAAGCUUACAAAAAGUUACUUCGAAUGACUAAUUUGGAAAAGGACACAGCACUGCAUGUUGCUGUUCGAUGCGGUCACUGUAGAGUGGUGAUGCUGCUAAUUGAAGCUUAUCCUACAUUGUGUUGUUUGACUAAUUGUGCCAAUGAGUCGCCUUUGUUCCUAGCUACGUCUAAGGGCUUUCAAAGAAUUGCUCGUUACAUUUUAUGCGAGUCUUCAAUAUGUCCUUCUUUUGAUGGGAUUAACGGUGUCACAGCUUUGCAUGCAGCAGUAACUCGUAGGACAAAAAGCGCCAAAGAACUAGCUACUGCAUCGCCAGAGUGCCUUUCUAUGGCAGCUCCUGGAGUUGUUGUUGGAGGGUGCCUUUUGGCUUCCCUAUGCAUCACAUGUUCUCUGUUUCUUUAUGUGUGCUCCUGCCUUACAUAUGUUUUUCUCCAUUAA